AUGGGACCUUUCAAGCCUUCCUCAAACGGGCACAACUACAUUCUGGUUGCUGUGGACUAUGUGUCCAAAUGGAUUGAAGCCAUCCCCUGCCCAGCCUGUGAUGCUAAGGUUGUUAUCAAACUGUUCAGAACCAUCAUCUUUCCAAGAUAUGGCAUCCCAAGGGUUGUUAUUUCGGAUGGAGGUUCCCAUUUCAUCAAUAAAGUGUUUGAGAAGUUGAUGAAGAGUUAUGGAGUCAAGCACAAGGUCGCUACACCUUACCAUCCUCAAACCAGUGGGCAAGUUGAGGUCCCUUUCAACUUGCUGUAUGGAAAGGAUUGUCACUUACCUGUGGAGGUAGAGUACAAGGCACUAUGGGCAGUGAAGAUGCUGAACUUUGAUAUAAAGGCUGCACAAGAGAGAAGAGUAAUGAACUUGUUUGAGUUGGAGGAAAUCAGAAUGAAUGCCUAUGAGAACUCCUGA